AUGGAAGCAGAUUUCAAACAACAACUAUCAGAACUACAAAACAGUUUGAGAGAAUUGUUAGUACUUCAAAAAGGUGGCAGUAGCGAAGAAAGUAUUUCGGUGGAACAAAGAUACUUGGAAACGGAGUGUGUAGACAUCACUAAAGUGGAAUACGUAUGUUUUUCAAGCAAUAAAUCUUUGCCAGGAAAACUCGAUGAUUCUUUAAACCUAGCGCAGUUCAAAAAUUGGAAAAUUAAGUUUGAAAAUUAUCUGUUAUAUCAAGGAGUGAAUAUCAAUAGCACUGGUGAGGUUACAGCUUUGCUAUCCUCGUUUACUCAGAACAUUCUAGAUGUUGUCCAAUUUGUCCUGGGGAUUUCAAUCAAAUUACGGUUAUACAUGUUCUAG